AUGGGUUUGAAACAAGCAAUUAGGAGCUUGGAUGCGUUCCCGCGAGCUGAAGAACACUUAUUGCAGAAAACAAAGUCUGGAGCUUUUGUUUCCAUUGUUGGACUAAUCAUCAUGGCAACGUUAUUCGUGCACGAGCUGAGAUACUAUCUCACUACGAAUAUUGUUCAUCAGAUGGCCGUUGAUUUGAAACGAGGAGAAACUUUACCAAUCCAUAUUAAUAUGACUUUUCCUUCUUUACCAUGCGAUGUUCUCAGUGUUGAUGCUAUUGAUCUCUCUGGAAAGCAUGAGGUAGACCUUGACACAAAUAUAUGGAAGCUACGGCUGAACAGCAACGGACUUAUAAUUGGUACUGAAUACUUGUCCGAUCUUGUGGAGAAGGAGCACGCUGCACACAACCAUGAUGAUCUCAAAGACCAUCAUGAUGACCACGACCGUAAAGUUCAUCUGCAAGGUUUUGAUAAAGAAGCAGAAGAUAUGAUCAAGAGGGUGAAACAAGCACUGUCUCAUGGAGAAGGCUGUCGGGUCUACGGUGUUCUAGAUGUGCAGAGGGUUGCUGGGAACUUCCAUAUUUCAGUUCAUGGGUUGAAUAUAUUUGUUGCUCAAAUGAUAUUUGAAGGAGCCACUCAUGUCAAUGUCAGUCAUAUUAUUCACGAUUUAUCGUUUGGGCCUAAGUAUCCUGGCAUUCACAACCCACUUGAUGGGACAACAAGGAUUUUGCGGGAAACAAGUGGUACAUUCAAGUACUACAUAAAGAUUGUCCCUACAGAAUAUAACUAUAUUUCGAAAGAAGUGCUACCAACUAACCAAUUCUCGGUUACAGAGUAUUUCUCACCCAUGACCGAGUUUGACCGUACCUGGCCAGCGGUAUACUUUUUAUAUGAUUUAUCACCAAUUACUGUCACAAUCAGAGAAGAACGUCGCAAUUUCCUCCACUUCAUUACCCGGCUUUGUGCUGUACUGGGUGGGACAUUCGCCUUGACAGGAAUGUUAGACAGAUGGAUGUAUAGGCUGAUGGAAACACUCAUCAAGCCCAAAUCCAGAAUUAUUGUGCGAUAG